AUGGAUAUUACUAUAAAAAGCGAAGAUUACUCCAACAGUUUGAUUAAGAGCACUCCAGCUUUUGAAAGGUUGAGGGCUAAUAACUUAAAAUUUUUUAAAGUUCAGAAAAAGUUACGAAUAGUGUUUUUAAUUCUUUCCAUUCUUUUGAUUGGUGUAUUUGCUUUUUUCCUUGUUGAAAACUAUUACUUUUCUAAUAAUAAAUUGAAUGAAGUACUUCAAAACUCAGAUAAUGUUAUUGUUGGUAUUAAAAUUGAAAGAGUUCAUGAAAAAUAUUUAAAAACAUUAGUAAACAAAAAAUUGCAAAAUUAUAUAAGGGAAUCAUUCAAAUUUAUUAAAUCUGGCUUAGCAGAAAAUGAUUUAGGAAGUGAAAAUGAUGUAAUAGAAUUAGAAGAUGUAGCAAAUGUACUUUAUUAUGGUGAAGGAGAAAUAGGAGAAAAUAAACAAAAGUUUAAGUUUAUAUUUGAUACAGGUUCAUCAAACUUAUGGAUACCUGGUGCUAGCUGUACUAGUUCAGGAUGUCUUAAAAAGAGUAGCUAUGAUUCAUCUAAAUCAAAAACAUAUGAAGCAGAUGGAGCAAAAGUAGAAUUAUCUUAUGGUUCAGGAACCGUUAAAGGAUUCUUUAGCAAAGAUUUAGUAUCAAUAGGCAAUUUGUCACUUUCUUAUAAAUUUAUUGAGGUAACAGAUACCGAUGGAUUAGAACCUCUUUAUAGCUCUUCACCAUUUGAUGGAUUAAUAGGUUUAGGAUGGAAAGAUUUAUCUGUUGGCUCAAUUGACCCAUUAGUUGUAGAAUUAAAAACUCAGAAUAAAAUAGAUAAUGCCUUAUUUACUUUUUAUUUACCAUCACAUGAUAAGCAAUCUGGAUUUUUAACAAUAGGUGGAAUAGAAGAUAAAUUUUAUGAAGGAGAAUUAACAUAUGAAAAAUUAAAUCACGAUUUAUUUUGGCAAAUAGAUUUAAAUGUGCGUUUUGGAGAUAUCACUUUUGAAAAAGCUAAUGCUAUUGUUGACAGUGGCACAAGCAUAAUUACUGCACCAACAAAUUUUAUUAAAAAGUUCUUUAGGAAUACAGAAAUUGUUAAGUUACCAUUUAUACCAUUUUAUAUAACUGCUUGUAACAAUAAUGAUUUACCAGUCUUAGAAUUUCAAUCUCAAAACAACAAAUAUACAUUAGAACCAGAAUUUUAUUUAGAACCAUUAGAAUUUGAUGAAUCAUUAUGUAUGGUAUACAUUUUACCAUUAGAUAUUAAUGAAAAUACAUUCAUAUUAGGUGAUCCAUUUAUGCGUAAAUAUUACACUGUUUUUGAUUAUGAUAAUGAAAGAGUUGGUUUUGCGGUUGCUAAAAAAUUUUAG